UUCCGUUGUUCGACGGGAAUCAUGCCUCUUCUUGGGUAGACAAGUUCGAGCAAUUCGGAUAUAGCAACGAAUGGACAGAUGAGAAGAUGCUUCGCAUGGUAAAAAAGUAUUGUCAGGUGGGGUACCGAGACGAGAUCGAUGAGCUGGUGCGAAUCUCUCAUGAUUGGUCUGACUUUAAGGCGCGGUUGUUGGAAAUGUAUCAGCUCAGUGACCGGUUGCUCGACCUGCAGGAUUUGAGGGCGGUGGAUCGUAAAACGUUCGGUACUACCAAACAAUUUUUAUUGGAAUUCGAGCAUGUGGCUCGCCUAAUUCCGGAUCUGUCCAACAAGGAUCGCUGCCUCAUCUUCCUUGACAACUUCAACGACGUCGAACAGUCGAAAUUGGUUGAGGGGAUGCAAGGGAGGUAUGACUGGACUAAGGUCCGGCAAAAUGCGCUGGUGGGGAAGUUUGACGAUAUCCUCUACCGGUUGUUGAGGCAACAGAAGGAGGAGCGGGAAAAGGUGAAGCUGAGAGAAGUGAAGGACGGUGGAAUUCAUAAAACUUUGACCUGUAUGAGAGAAAUGAUGGAGGGCAUGAAGGAGGAAAGGCUGAAGUUUCAAGUCAUGUUGGCCAAAGAGAAAAACAGUAAGAGAAAGGGGAGAGAGCCAGUGGAAGAAGAAAGCGACAGUGAGAGCGAGGAGGAAAAGGAGCCGCCUCGUAAGUUGACAAAGGCGGAGAGGAAGGUCGUGAAUCAAAUUCAAGGCGGACAGGGGACUUCCCGAAAACAGGGGAAGAACGGUGGACAGAAUAAUCAAGGAGGGAGUGACAAUGCUAGCGCUGGUUCACCAGGACAAAGUCUCCAAAAUCAAGGGCAGUUCCAGCCACAGGAUGGAAGAGGCCGCGGUCGAGGCCGUGGGAACGGACAGCGAAGCCGUUGGGCGUGGCAGCAGGAAGCCACAUGUAACUAUUGCGCAGAAAAGGGUCAUAUUAUGCGGUUUUGCCAACUCCUUUCAAGAGAUGAGAAGGAAGGGAUUGUCUUCACCACGACACGCGGUGAAGUCUUUGAUUACGAAGGGAACCUGACCGACCCCAACAUUGAAGGGGGUAUGAGGAAGGAGGCGUUUCGCCAAAUGGGUCGUCUUCUACCGGCGAUGUUCCGGAUUGCUUCUCCUGAAGAAGCAUGGUUGGCAGAGGUCGGGGAGACCAUGGCGUCGUUGCAUAUCUACGACUCAUCGGUGGAGCCAGAAGGGUUCAGGGAACAAAUGGUGGAGCGGGCGCAAACCAUCACUAGGCGGCUUGCCCGAUGCCGGGACUCUAGUGUCCGACUUUGCGUGGACAUGGAGGAAGUCCGGCCUGGAUUGCCGAAUGUCUUUCUCUUUGGCGAAUGGGGUGAUAAAAGGGAAGAUGCGUCCGGUCAAGCAAGGACGUCUGCUCCGAGAGAAGCAUUGCAAAUUGGGCCAAUGGAGAAAGAGUCUGAGAAGGCAGUGGAAGAAGAGCCUAUUUCCAUUAGUGAGAACGACGAGGAUAAUGAGGAUGAGAAGUUGCGGGCCGAAGAGGAAGAACGGGCUCGUCGUCGUGCACUGGAAAGGGAGCCGGAGAAAGGGAAGGUCGAAGCAAGCGAUGAGGAACCGCGAAAGAAGAAGAACAUUUACUCGAUCCCCGUGGAGCAGGGGGUCGAUAUCGAGCGGCUCGUCGAUAAGAUUCUGGAAAGUCAGCGCGACUUGGUCACGCUGAAGGAAAUUUUGGCGGUCCAGAUUGGACAACAGGAGUACUCGACACUCGUGGAUGAUGGAGCUGAGAUGAACAUCAUUCGCGAGCGCCACGCUAUUGAAGCCGGGUUGAAGAUCAACCGAGAUGACUAUGGGUUUUUGGUGGGAGUCGGCGGAUCGACUCCAUUUUGUGGAACAGCCAGUGGCGUUCUCGUCACGGUCGGAAAGGUCAAAGUCCGCUCUUAUUUCUACGUGUUACCUAGAGUGGAACACGAGGUGAUUCUGGGAAGGGCGUUCCUAUGCCGGCCGGAAAGCAUCAUCAUUAACAAGCAUGAUGGAACUAUGUUUGUAAUCCUUUGUGAUCCUGUCUGCGGUUAUUACGAGGUGGUCAAGUGUGCAAACAGUGGACCCUAUUGUUCGCGGAACCGGCUGAAUCCGGAAUCGUAUACCUUCCCUGAGUCAGAAAAAUUGAGAAGGAAGAAGGAAUCGCUAGGGGAGGAGCCGAAUCCUCGUGAGUUCUCGCUAACCCUGCCUGAUAUUGGGCAGGCGAUCGAUUUCGUGUCGACACAUGCGGCGAUCGAUCCGAAUGUGGUGCAGGCAGUGACGAAGAUCAUCACGGACACCGGAAGCGCAGGAACUAUGCGCCUUGUUUACUCCCCGUCAGAGGGAAAGUCGGAUCAGGCGGAAGAACCAGUUCCGGUCGAUGCCUUCCUGAAGGAGGAGGAGUCGCGAUUGAGUAUUAACUCUCUUGCCUACCUGACAGAUGCGGCCACUCGGUAUGGGAAAUCGAUAUGGAACGCUCCUGCCUUUCACGAGGUACGUCCGGAACUCGUGAUGGAGGAACCUUUCAUUGAGGAGGACCCAUGGGACGAGCACACCGCAGAGGAAAUGAUGAGGCUGACUUUGACCGAUGACAUCGACCUUAUGCUUGAUCCGCUAACGAUUGAACAGGGCCAUACGCAGGCUGAUGACGCUUUCCAAACCGUUGGAAGGAUGUCAUAUAUCGCGAACUUGUUGGUUCAUGAGGAUCACCUGAGGUUAAUGAAUGCGGAGGAAGGAGGCAGUGAGGUCAAAGAAGCGUUUAAGGAGGAGUACGAAGAGGAGUAUAAAGAGAUAGACAUGUGGUUGAAUGGGGAAUUGGACGAAAGCGAGGUUGAUCCGGUUGUGCGAGAGAAAAGCAAAGGAUUCGUUGUUCGUGAUGGUCAUCUCUUUAAGAAAGUUGCUGAUGGUGUCCCAAAGAGGGUAGUAUGCGGAACCUCUCGACAUAUGGAUGUGAUCGCUGCCUUGCAUGAUGGAGUAGCCGGAGGGCACAGGUCUGCGCGAGUAACCCUGAACAAGAUCCAACGUCUCUAUUUCUGGGAAGGGAUGAGCAAGAUGGUGAUUGACUUUUAUAAAUCUUGUUUCCCUCGUCAACAGAGGUUUAAUAUCCGCUACCUUGAGCCCCUAAAUCCACGUUAUGUGGCAGAACCGGGUGCAGUGGUGCAUUUGGAUCUUUUGGUGAUGCCACCUGGGAUAAAUGGGUACAGGUAUAUCUUCGAUGCUAGGGACAAUUUGACUGGGUUCGUUGGUGGUUGUGCCAUUCGCGAACGUACUGGGUCAGUCUUGGCAGAGUGCAUUGAGGAAUAUUACCUCCGUUAUCCAUUUGUUCAAGAGAUUGUUAUGGAUCGAGGAGGCGAGUUUCGAGCAAAGGAGGUGCAAACGUUUUUAAAGAGACUUGGGGUUGGGUAAACCCAACAGUGGAGUCCAGAUUCCGGGGAAAGAUCUGCCAGAGGUUAUUUCUGGCCCCAUUCCAACACGUGAGUGAAUGAAAGUGCUUUCGAAGG